CGUCAAUCACGAGGGGAGACUCCAAACAGUGAGUCUUGAGCUGGAGAGCAGCGUUUUACCGGCGGCGCGGCCGGUGAGAGGGCUGGCGGUGCUGCGGCUUUGAGGAGGCUUGGCGAGGACGUGGGACGAGCAGCGUGAGGGGAGAGGGCUUGGCUGGUUUUGUGAAUGAAGCAAUGGCUACAGAUUCCCCCAGAAGACCCAGUCGUUGUACUGGUGGAGUCGUGGUUCGCCCUCAGGCUGUCACGGAGCAGUCCUACAUGGAAAGUGUCGUGACUUUUCUGCAGGAUGUUGUGCCCCAGGCUUACAGUGGAACACCUCUAACAGAAGAAAAGGAGAAAAUAGUCUGGGUCAGAUUUGAAAAUGCAGAUUUAAAUGAUACAUCAAGAAAUCUGGAAUUUCAUGAAAUACAUAGCACAGGGAAUGAGCCACCUUUGCUGAUUAUGAUUGGCUACAGUGAUGGAAUGCAGGUCUGGAGCAUCCCUAUCAGUGGGGAAGCACAGGAGCUUUUUUCUGUUCGACAUGGCCCAAUUCGAGCAGCUAGAAUCUUGCCUGCUCCACAGUUUGGUGCUCAAAAGUGUGACAACUUUGCUGAAAAAAGGCCCCUCCUUGGUGUUUGUAAGAGCACUGGAUCUUCUGGCACAAGUCCACCUUACUGUUGUGUGGAUUUAUAUUCACUUCGUACUGGGGAGAUGGUCAAGUCCAUUCAGUUUAAAACACCUAUCUAUGAUCUCCAUUGCAACAAAAGGAUCCUUGUCGUAGUAUUGCAGGAGAAAAUUGCUGCCUUUGAUAGCUGUACUUUCACAAAAAAAUUUUUUGUCACAAGCUGCUACCCUUGUCCCGGGCCCAACAUGAAUCCUAUUGCUCUUGGGAACCGCUGGCUUGCUUAUGCAGAAAACAAGUUGAUUCGAUGUCAUCAGUCCCGUGGUGGAGCCUGUGGAGACAACAUUCAGUCUUAUACUGCCACAGUCAUUAGUGCUGCUAAAACAUUGAAAACUGGCCUGACAAUGGUUGGGAAGGUGGUGACUCAGCUGACAGGCACGCUGCCUUCAGGUGUGACAGAAGAUGAUGUUGCCAUCCAUAGUAAUUCAAGGCGGAGUCCUCUGGUCCCAGGCAUCAUCACAGUAAUCGACACUGAGACAGUUGGAGAGGGCCAGGUGCUUGUGAGUGAGGAUUCUGACAGUGAUGGCAUCGUGGCCCAUUUCCCUGCUCAUGAAAAACCAGUGUGCUGUAUGGCUUUUAAUACAAGCGGAAUGCUUCUAGUCACGACAGAUACCCUUGGCCAUGACUUCCAUGUCUUCCAAAUUUUGACUCAUCCUUGGUCCUCAUCACAAAGUGCUGUCCAUCAUCUGUAUACUCUUCACAGGGGAGAAACUGAAGCCAAAGUACAAGACAUAUGCUUCAGCCAUGACUGUCGCUGGGUUGUGGUCAGUACACUCCGGGGGACUUCCCACGUUUUCCCAAUCAACCCUUAUGGUGGCCAGCCUUGUGUUCGAACACAUAUGUCACCACGAGUGGUAAAUCGUAUGAGCCGUUUCCAGAAGAGUGCUGGGCUGGAAGAGAUUGAACAGGAACUGACGUCUAAGCAAGGAGGUCGCUGUAGCCCUGUUCCAGGUCUAUCCAGCAGCCCUUCUGGAUCUCCUCUGCACGGGAAACUCAACAGCCAAGACUCCUACAAUAAUUUUGCCAACAACAACCCUGGCAACCCCCGGCUUUCUCCUCUCCCCAGCCUGAUGGUAUUGAUGCCUCUUGCACAAAUCAAGCAGCCAAUGACAUUGGGAACCAUCACCAAACGAACAGGGCCUUAUCUGUUUGGAGCGGGGUGUUUUUCCAUAAAAGCUCCAUGCAAAGUUAAACCACCUCCACAAAUUUCACCCAGCAAAUCAAUGGGCGGAGAAUUUUGCGUGGCUGCGACGUUUGGGACAUCCCGAUCGUGGUUUGCAAAUAAUGCAGGUCUGAAAAGAGAAAAAGAUCAGUCCAAACAAGUUGUAGUUGAAUCCCUCUACAUUAUUAGCUGCUACGGGAACUUAGUGGAGCACAUGAUGGAGCCACGACCGCUUAGCACUGCACCCAAGAUCAGCGAUGACACCCCACUGGAAAUGAUGACAUCUCCCCGAGCCAGCUGGACUCUGGUUAGAACUCCUCAAUGGAAUGAAUUGCAACCACCAUUUAACGCAAACCACCCUCUGCUCCUCGCUGCAGAUGCAGUACAGUAUUAUCAGUUUCUGCUUGCUGGCCUGGUUCCCCCUGGAAGUCCUGGGCCCAUUACUCGGCAUGGGUCCUAUGACAGUUUAGCUUCUGACCAUAGUGGACAGGAAGAUGAAGAGUGGCUGUCUCAGGUAGAAAUUGUAACGCACACCGGACCCCACAGACGUCUGUGGAUGGGUCCACAGUUCCAGUUCAAAACCAUCCAUCCCUCAGGCCAAACCACAGUCAUAUCAUCCAGUUCAUCUGUGUUGCAGUCUCAUGGUCCAAGUGAUACUCCACAGCCCCUUUCGGAUUUUGAUACAGAUGAUCUUGAUCUCAACAGUCUCAGGAUCCAGCCAGUCCGCUCUGACCCAGUCAGCAUGCCAGGGUCAUCCCGUCCAGUGUCUGAUCGAAGGGGAAUUUCCACCGUGAUUGAUGCUGCCUCAGGUUGCUGGCCUCUUCACCUCCAAAGCUGGGAUAUUUGAGGCAAAAACAAACCCCAAGGACCUCACGUUCCUUGUGUUAUUCUUUGUGUCCGGAAGGUCCUAGCUGUCCUGCUGCCUCUUCUUCACCCUCCAGAGUCUUAUAUUUAUUUUGUACGUACAACUGACCAUUGAACAUCGUGGGCAGUAGGGGUGCUUACUCUCUGCGGAGUCAGAAAUCCAUGUAUGACUUAAAAUUGGCCCUCCAUACCCCCGGUUCCGGUUCUGCAUCUGCAAGUUGCAUAGUAUUGUAGUAGUUACUGUUGAAAAAAAAAAAUCCCCGUAUAAGUGGACCCACCUAAUUGAAGCCCAUGUUAUUCAAGGGUCAGCUGCAAUUAAUGCCCAUGGUUUUGCAUAGCAGAUUGCGUAGUAUUAUAGUAUUUAUUGUUGAAAAAAAAAUUCCUCUGUAAGUGGACCCACCCAGUUCAAACUCCUGUUAUUCAAGGGUCAGCUGUAAUUAAUGUCCAGGGUUUUUAGUUGUACUUAGGUAGAGAAACGUACAUCUACUCUAUUUUCCACUAAGUGGAAUCAGUUCGUGCAAUUUACUCAAAUCUUUCAGCAAAAAUAUAUAUGCAUUUUUCUGUCUGUAUGUGUAUGAAAAUAUAUCUUAUGUGAACAAUUUGUCCCCGACUUGGUCAGUAUCAGGAGUCAAUAAGCUUUUCCUCCGCAGUAAAUAUUUUAGACUUUGAAGACCAUACUGUAAUGGUAGGUACAUUUGAAUUUUUCAUUUCUUCCUUGCUUGCUUUUACUUUACCAGUAUUUUUAGAGCGUCAUGUUCAAUAUGACACAAGUUUAAAGCCAAGCUAGACAUUUCAUGUACAUUAAACUAAAAUUUGUCAACAUUGUUUCUCUUUUUGAAACAUGUUGCAAAAAUCUGGGAGGGAAAAACACUGAAACAUUGAUGGACAUAGAAUAUGCCUUGACUGAAUAUGAAAUGGGCUUUGGAAUCUUGAGUCUUGCUAAGUAGGAGCACAGCUUUGCUUCCCCUCCAUCUCUUUUACCUGGCUUCAUUCAUUUACAAAUAGAAUUUGUAGACCAAUCUCUUCUCUGCUAAAGACCUUACUAGUAAAUCUGCAGAGACCUCAAACUUAGGCUUCUCUACAGAAAGCGGCAGAGAUGAGCACAUAGCUCAAUAAGCUACUGUUGUCUCUCAUAUGGUAGGUGACUUGAGUUACUGCCUCCAUUUAGUUCCUUUGUGUUCUGAAUAUCUUGCAAUUGAAAUGUCAUUACUCAGGGAUGUAAUGCACCUUAUAAAAUAAAGAACCUAUCCUUUCUCCAGGUCACUAUGUAGAUUCUAUCAUAAACUGUAGCAAACUAGUACUAAGGACUCCAGUGAGUUAUAGACAUGUUCAGUAACAUUUACCAAAAUCAGCACUAACUUCUCAAGAUUUUGGUGCUACAAUUUGAAAUGAAUAUUGUUUGUUUCUAAUCUGGCUUUCUCGUUUCUUAUUCCUUAGUGACCUUGCCAAAAAAAAAAGUUUUUAAGUUAUCUUCCAAAAAGUUGACAGCUCUUUUGUUUGUCAAUUACUUUAAUAUUUUUAAACAGUUGCUUGGUUGGGAGUCUCUAGAUACAACACUUCACACUAAGGAAGGCUGACAGUUAAGUGAUGUGGAAGCCAUUAUCUCAUCUUUGUGCUUGUAGACUGUGGCCUCUUGCCUUUUCCUAUUUCAUAAUAAGUAGCAUUAGCAUUCAGGAACUUUUUAACACCUAUAGGACAGGAGUUUUCUAAUCCCCUAUAAGAGAGCAUUUUAAAAAUGAAUGAGUAAAACCUAACAAACAUAGCAUUAAAAUAAAGAGAACUAAGCAUCAUUCUUACAUUUGAAUUUAGAUUCAUAAAUAUCAAGUAAAAUACCAACCAACCAAAUUGAACAUUACGGGGCUUCCCUGGUGGCGCAGUGGUUGAGAGUCCGCCUGCCGAUGCAGGGGACACGGGUUCGUGCCCCGGUCCGGGAAGAUCCCACAUGCCACGGAGUGGCUGGGCCCGUGAGCCAUGGCCGCUGAGCCUGCGCAUCCGGAGCCUGUGCUCCGCAACGGGAGAGGCCACAACAGUGAGAGGCCCGCGUACCGCAAAAAAAAAAAAAAAAAAAAUUGAACACUACGAUAAAAGAAUCAUCUACAAUGACCAAAUAUUAUUUAUUCCCAUAUUAAAAAAUCUGUUGUUGUAAUAUAUAAUAUUAAUUGGUCCAAUAAGAGAACAUAAUAAUCUCACUAGUUGCGGAAAGAGCAUUUGAUAAAAUUCAGCAGUUAUUUAUGAGAUUUACUCUUGAGAUAACUAGGAAUAGAGAGGUAAAUUCUGUAAAUAAUAAGGAAUCUUAAACCAAAUCUUAAACCAAACAGCAGCAUCAUAUUUAAUGUGAAAUAUUAUCGGCAUUCCUUCUAAAAUCAUGAAAAAGGCAAUCAUGCCAUGACCAUUUUUAUAUAAUUACUCUGAAAAUUCCAGACAAUGCAGUAAUAUAUAAAACAUAAGGAAGAGAUAUAGUUACAAAAUCAUUUACAGAUUGAUUUUGAAUUAUGUUUUCAGACAAUAUAAUUUUUUUUGACAGAGAAUUCAAGAGCAUCAAGUUUUAAUGAACUUAUUACACUGAUCAGAUAUUUGGUUCAUAUGUAAAACAUCCAUACUCUUUCUGUAAAACAGUAAAAACUAAUUAGGUAAUCUAAUUCUUUAAAAAAUGUACUCAUAAUAAUACCAGAAAACAUAAAGUACUUAGGAAUAACCCUAAGAAGAAAUACAGAAAGUGUACCAAAAAAAAAAAAGGGUGAAACUCUUCAGAGUAAUAUAAUUUGCAUAAACUAACAAUAUAUCAGGUUUCUGAAGAAGGAAACUGAGUAUUGUAAAAAUUGCAGUUAUUCCAAAAUUAGUUCUGAACUUUUUUACAAUCCCAGUCAAAAUAGCAGUGGAUUUUUUUUUUUUUUUUUUUUUCUUCCCAGUAUGCGGGCCUCUCACUGUUGUGGCCUCUCCCGUUGCGGAGCACAGGCUCCGGAUGCGCAGGCUCAGCGGCCAUGGCUCACGGGCCCAGCCGCUCCAUGGCAUGUGGGACCUUCCCGGACCGGGGCACGAACCCAUCUCCCCUGCAUCGGCAGGCGGACUCUCAACCACUGUGCCACCAGGGAAGCCCUAGCAGUGGAUUUUAUUUGACUCUUAACACUGCAUUUGAAAGUAUCAACAGGCAAGAAUUGCUAAGAUAAUUUUUUGUCUUGGCAAUGAGUAGGAAGUUUAAUUCAUAACUUUUUAUUGUGAAAAUUUUCUAACUUAUAGAAGAAAUUUAAAUAAAUAUAUAAUAUAGCAAAUAUCUAAACAGUCACUAGAUUUCAACAAGUGAUAAUUAUUUUUGAUAUCUCUCUACACAAAGUAGAACUUUAAAUAAAAAUGAAUGAACCAUGAGGUCCAUUUUAAAAGCAAUAUCAACUACAGACCCAUUUCUUUCGUUUAAAGUGUAACUCCUCAAAAGAAUUAUCUACACUUGCUAUCAUCAGUUUCUGUGGGUCUGCGCGUGUGUGCGCAUGCAUGCAUUCAUGCGCACAUACACGCUCUCUUCCUUUAACACCUUAUUAUACAAAAUUUCAAAUAUACGCAAACAUAGAAGGAAUAACAUUACAAACCCCCUAACAAUCAGGUAGCUUCAGCAAGUAAGAACUCAUGGCCAGACUAGUUUCAUAUCUUACCCCACUACCCCACCAGAUUAUUUUGAAGCAAAUUUCAGACAUUAUUUCAUCUGUAAAUAUAUCGACACAUAUCUCCAAAAAAUAAACUUCUUUUAAAGCAAAAUACUAUCACUCCUGAAAAAAAUAACAAUAAUGCUUUAAUAUCAAAUUUCCAAUUCAUGUUAAAUUUCCCUGAUUAUCUCAUUUUUAAAAAUCAUGUUCCAAAUAAGACCCAUACAUUCCAAUUGGUUGAUAUCUCUCAUAAGAGUAUCUUAAAAUAUAGGGUUCUAUUCCAUCAGUUUUUAAAGAAACAUGUAUCCUGUAGUGUUUCCCUUCCCACAAAUAGGAUUUUGCUGACUAUAUCCCCAUGGUGUUCUUUUGUCCCUGAAAUUUCCUGUAAAUUGUUAAUUAGAUCUGGAAGAUUGUUUAGAUCAGAUUUUAUUUUGUGGCGAAAAUGCUUACUUUCUGUGAAUUUAUAUUUAUUAUGCGCACUUGAAAAAAGGAUAUAUUCUCUGUUUUCAAGAUAUAAAGUUGUGUUUAUAUCAGUUAGAUUUACCUCAUUAAUUAUGUUUUUGUGUCUUCUGAUGCCGUAUGUAUCCUAUCCUGGACUUAGAAAGGUGAAUUGAACUCUCAUGCUACUAAUACUUUUCUCUUUAUUUCUCCUUAUACUUCUGUAGUUUUGCCAUAUAAUGUCCAUGUUAUGUGAUAUACAAAUAUGCAUAACUGCUAAGGCUUUAUUGUAGAAUGUAAUGUACUAGGUGUCCUUUUUAACAUUUCUAGAUUUAAUGCUUUUUUUGUUGUUUAAUGCUUUUUCUCUAACUCAGAUUGUGACCACUGCUUUUCAUUUUGCCAUUAUAAAUGUGUAGAAGGAUAACAGAACUGUAUUUUAUACAUUUGAGAAACUAGAAGGAAACAGAGCAAAAUAUAAAUAGUAUUUAACCUCUGAGUGGUGGGAUAUGGGGCAUUUUUAACUUUCUUCUUUAAAGUUUUUCCAAAGUGUUCUACAGUGAGCUUGUGUUACUUAUAUAAGGCUUAAAAAUCUGUUAUUUUUUUACAAGGGAAAAUUUUAAAGAAAGUAUGCAAAGGUAGUUUGGUUUUGUUAAUGUUCUUAGUAUGUUUUUGGCCACAGCCUAAAUAAUGAACUAGUGACAGUAUCGAACAGACCCUGCCCCCUAUUUUAAUCACAACGAAAAUCUAGUGCAUGCCUCUUUCAGGCAUGGGUUUGAAAUGGGAAAUUGUUACAUGAGUGAAGGAAAAUUCCCAGAGUCUUUGAUGCAACUCAAGGACUGGGAAUGGAGCGGGGGAGGCCUCCUGAAAAUCUGUCUAACAUUCGCUCAGGCUCCUCUUGGUUCUGAGCCAAAUAACAAACCCUUCAGUUGAAUUUUUCUGUCCAGACACUGGCUUAAAUGAAGGUAUACUUAACUUGGAAAUAUCAUUUCAGCUUUUGGCUGGAAUAGCUGUUGUAGAAGAGCUUCUUUAGAUGUGAAGCCAUGAGGGAGUUCUCUGAGUACAUGUAUUUUCACACAUCUGCUAAUGCAAAAGCCCCAGUGUGAGCAUUAGUACUCAGGAAUGUGAUGUGGAUUUGAGAUGAUCUCCCCAGGAUUUUGGCAGGUCAGGACAAACAUUAUCUUGCUCCCAUAUGUUUUUGGAGGAUCUUGAAAGGGAAAUCAUAUACAUUUCCUUAAACUGACAUGCUGAAUUUUCCCACAUACACCAAAAAACCCUCUCAGCAAAAAUAAAUUCAGGAAUAUGUAUAUAUGACAUUCAUAUAUUUUGCAGCUGUUGUCAAUACAACAGUAUAAGCUGAUGGCUAUUGGGAGUCGCAGACAGUUUGCAUUUACUUUGACUUAUGUUUAAAUGGCUGAUUUCAGAAAACCUGGCCCAACAGAUAAAAAACUAUGAAAGAUCCCACAUUUUGAGUAAGUCCUUUUUCUUUUUUUCCACUCUGCACUUCCUUAGGUGCAGUGUGCAUGGGGCUCAGUCCUCACUGUCACUGUUUCCCACUGAUAGCACUGCUAGCCUAUAUGGACACCUCCCCGGACACAUACAGUAUAAAAAACAACCAGGGAACGCUUGUGAAGCUAAGAAAUUCAAAUGCAUUGAUAAUAAUAUUGAUAACACAUACUGUGUACAAAGACUGUAUCUGUUUUUUAUCACCCUUGAGCAAACCCACUCCUGUUUCCUAUGGGGUUUGACAAACAGUAAGUACUCAUUAAAUGUUGACUGACCCUUUUCCUAAGUCUUUUCAUUCUUCAGUCUCUACUCCCUCUAGAGAAUGAUAUAUUAUCUGCCUAGUAGUUUGGCUCCUUUUCUCAGCGAGUGUAUUAUUAAAACUUGAAUAAAUAUAGCACCAGUUUCAGCUACGUAAUGGCCUCUUGUGCCAAGGGUCGCACAUUGGUUGAUUCUCACUGGCACAAAAGCUGAUAGAUUUAGUCUUAUUUCAUUCUGUAUCACAGCUAGGCCCACUUGUAGGAUUGAACCUAUGUGAGAGAGUAAUAAUCCCUAACCACUAUUUGUUUUCAUGUUUUGUAAAUGAGUUUUGUUGCUGCAGUGUCUUGUACCUAAUCAAAUCAGUCCUCUGGUUCUUCUAUCUGCUUAUACCACAUGGUUUUUAAGCUAUCAAAUAUUAUUUAAAAGUAAUAUCUAGGAUAUAUUUCUUCUCCCACCCCCAACAUUUGGAGAGAGGUCACAUAUCUUUGACCUCAUUUCUUUUACUUUUGUUUUGCUUAUUUAUUACCAAUGGUUUCCUGUUGGAUUAUUUAGCUGGAAAAAUGAUUUCUUUACGGAAGUAAGACCUGGGAUUCUACUCCAUAAAGGGAAACAUGGAGAGGCAAUGUUAUCAAUUUAAUGUAUUAACAAAUAAUUGGCCUUGGGUUCUUUUCCUGGCAUCUUGAUGAACCACUGCGUUCAUGUAGCUUUAUUUGGUCUGAAUUUAUCAGUCUGUACAGGUAGGGAUUAUGAUAAUGUAUUUUUUAAAUUUAGUUUGUUGACUGCAUUCUAUUCUAGAAUUAUUAUGUAUAUAUAUUUUUAAGAUCAUGUGAUUCAUGAAAAUAUUGGUGUUGUAUCGGUUCUUAUUUCAUUGCAUGUUGGCACUUUGGCAUUAGUUCUUACAUCCACUGUUAGUAUUUAGGGGGAAAUCAUGGAAAACUUUUCUUUUUUUUUUUUUUUUUACUAGUUUUCCUUGGUGACUUAUAAAGUUAAUUCCAUAAAAAUGUUCUUCUGUUCUAAAAUAUGUAAGAUUUUCAGUCCUUUGAAAAAAUCGUUAUAGUCAAUUUUCCAUGUAUUACUCAACAUUAGAGAUCUACCUGCCAAAUGAUCCCAGGUGUGGGAUUGCAGCAGGUAAUUUCCUGAGCUGUAUGGUACAGAUGAUUUUCUGUGUUAGAAGAUGCUAUCGGCUCACCUGGCCUCUUAGUGACAGAGAAAUCCUUUGUUUAUUCAUUUAGUAGGCAGAUUAACCCUAAUGAAUAUUGGCUUCCUGGAAAUAGAUACAGGUGACAAUGGCAAAGUGAGGAGUGGGGAGAAGUAAGACAAAUUCCCUUUUCUUUCUUCACUUAUAAAUAAUGGUGGCUUUCAUUGGAGAGUGUUUUAAAUCAGAAAGGAAUGCAAAAUAUUUUAAUUUAAAAGCAAGAUUUAAAUAAUCAACCUUUAAUUUUUAGUUUUGAACGUUUAUAUAUGUAUAUUCUUUUCAGAAGAACUAAGGAUUUUCUAAUUUUGGCAAACAAGUUAAAAUUUUUGUGUCUUUCAAAUUAGAGUUAAAUGAAAAUAUUUAAUUAAAUGCUUCAUGCUGGUUUGGACAGAAUGAGUCAUUUGAACAGGAAAAUGCAACUCUAAUAUGUUCUUACAUUCAGUUAAAAUUUUGUGAAUUAAAAAAUUAUAUCAUUCAUCAGCCUCUCCUAGCACAGGAAAGAAAAUGUGCAUUGUGCUGUGUUCAUUUCUAUAGUCUGUUCAUGCUGCUUCAGUGACAUAUUUAUUUGUUUUCUCAGGAGCAAAGAUGAAGGGCUAAUAUAGCCAUUAGAAGAUUAUUCAUAGAGUUAUACUAUAAAUUGUCAAAAAUUUGUAGAAUUAAGCUACUUAAAAUUCUUUGCUUUGUUAUAACUUUUAACAAUAUUUACAGAAAUCAUUUUUGUGAAUAUAAUCAUGGAUAUUUGAUUAAUUCUCAGUAACGUAUGGUGAAAUGAAAUCUUUGUGAUUGCAACUCAUAAGCUUUGCUUACUGAAGGGAGGAGUACUUUACAACAUUUUUCUGUGAAUGGUUUUGAAGAUACAUUAUUCCCAAGACAUGAAUGUAUAGACACAGAUGUGGAAAUCUCUUAACAUCCUACCAAACUUUUCCAGAUCUUACAGCAAUAAUUUAUUCUGCACUCUCCGAAGACUCCCCAAAUGUCUUCUUUUACAUAACUUUAUUCAUUGGAGGAAAAGUUAAAAUUCUUCCCCACCACAUGCUAAAUAUUGAAGAUGGGCUUUUCAUGAUGCAUUUUGUAGUUGACUAUAAAAGCUCUAGAAUUUCAAGGGGGAAGUGAAAAAGCAGAGUUUAUCUUUCUAUGCAGAUUUUAAAUUUAUGAUUUUUCCGAGCUAUAGGCUUGAUAUUCUGCUUGAAUUGUGUUGUGGAGAGUUCUGAAUAAUCCGAGAUAUAUAUGAAUCAGAGGCAGUAAUAAAUUCUGAAUGAAUCUUUGGUUUUUACUUAAGAUUACUUUAUCCUUAAAACUAAUGUUUCUAUAACCUCUGACCGAAUACAGAAGAUCCAAAGUACUUCCAAGGGUGAGAAUUUUUCCUGGCCUCGUGUGAGUAGUUUAAUUCAUUCCAAUUGUGUGGUACAGUGUGGCAUGUGAUGGAGCACAUCAGAGGUAUAUUUGCAGCUUCCUAAUUUGCAUACCACCUUCCCAAAAUAUGAUGCAGUCCUUUACUGAUUUGUCAGUAAUAUUUAUUUUCAAAGAUAUUGGAAAAAGAGAAAGCAACGUAUAUGUGUCAUAUUAUCUUCACAGAACCACUGCCUAUGUUAACUGGAUUUUCCUUUCCUUUUCGUGAAAAACCAAAGGACAACAGUCAUUAUAUGAUUUUGUAUUUUAAGUAUUUUCAUAAUCCAACAUAAAUUGGCCCACCCAAGGAUUAUGUCUGUCUUAUAAAGAUGUGUUUACAUAGUCAUUGGGUGAAAGAUUGCAGAAGUUGAACCACUAGUUUUGAAAGUUGAGCCAGACCAGGAAAAAUCAGGAUACAAUUUGGCACUUAUGGAGACGAAAUGAUUUCCUUUUUAGCUGCUGAUUUCUACUGGGAAAUGUAUCCUUGGACUGAAAAUUGCAUCCGGAAAAAUGUUUAUGUAGUGUUUUUCAAAUGACUGAUUAUUCUUCUAACCUUUAACAUGAACUGUGUCUAAUUUUGGUCUCUUUUAACUCUUCCAUGACUAGGGGAUUUUUCUCUUUGUGGGAAAAAUAUUACUCACAAACAUAUUUUUACUACUUGGAAUACAAAAAUGUCUUCCAUGGCAACAAUAACAUAAAAUGUGUUAAGAUUUCUUCUUGGGUUGUUUUUCUGAGCAGUUAGUACGAUGUCGUAAAUCAGCCACCCUUUAUCCCAGGCAUUGUAUUAUGAAAAUAUAGUAAGGUACAAAAGAUCAUCUGUACCUUUAUAUCACAGGUUUUAUAUUAUGUUACAUCUUAAGGAAUAGUUUUAGUUUGCUUGAGCAGCUACAUUUCCUCCUCAUUCCACCACCACCCUGCACAUGCGAAGUAGGAGCUUCUUGACCUUUUUGUGGGUAAUAUUUGACCCAUAGGGUUUUAACAAAGAUCAGUACUUGCUCUACUCUUUUUCUUGUAUAUUUUGUGACUUUUCUGGCUAAAUUAUUGUCCAUCAGAGGUUGCAGGAGUCUCUGCUCCAUGCUGUCUCCACUCUUGGACCUCAAUUAACUAAAGCGUCAUCCUCAAAUUAUUGCAGGUGACCAUGGCAAGGGGAGGGGGACACUGGAGGUCUCACACUGGUCACUUCUGCUCACAAUUCAUGGGUUAGAACUGUGCUGUCCAGUGCAAUAGCCACUAGCUGCAUUUGCUUAUCUAAAUUCUAACUAAUGAAAAUUAAACAAAAUUUGUCCUUCAGUUCCUCAGUGGCACUAGCUGCAUUAUAAAUCUACCAUCCUGGACAACACAAAAUACAGAACAUUUCCAUUAUCACAGAAAGUUGUGUUUGAGACUAAUGGACUAGAGCUUUAAGGGGAUGGGGAAGUACAAUCCUCUUAUUAGCCCAGAGGUGGGAAAGAAGCAAAUAUUACUGACUUGCAAUAAUGUCUAACACUGUUGGUAAACUAUAUACUUGCAAAUAUUCCUGAGAUGCUCUGUAUCCUUUUCUUCCCCCUUGUUUCUUUUGGGGGGAGGUGAAAUGUGAGGAGGGUGAUAAAAAUGCACACCUACAUGAAUAUAUACAUACACAUAUACUGUUUCUAGCUACAUGAAAAAGACAAGAAGCAUACACUUGAAACUAACAUUUUGCCAAGGGGGACUCCUUAUGUUCCAUAUCCCUUUGGAGGAAGAAUCUGUAUUGCAUUUAUGUGGCUUUGGAGAAGAUAUUCAGGAAAGAAACACCACAAUUCCCAUUGAGCUCAGAAAAUGUGAUUAAGGAAUUUGAAUGUAAUUACCCAGAGUUUGGCUUUUCUUUUAAGGAACCCACUCAUUUUAGAGAUUUUUUGAUAGUGUAAAUCUGACAACUAAAUCUGGAUUUUUUGGGGAAGACUCCCACCAGGAAUAGUGUGAGUCAAGGAUGAGUCCAUAAAAAAGAAGCCCAUGCAGCAGGGACAGCCUGAGCUAUUCUGUUUUGACAUGAUUUUAUCUAUGGCUGAUAUAUGGAGGGGAUAUUUAGUGGAAUGUGCAGAGCUUUGCUCUAGAUUUGUACCUUCUAUGAUUGGUGUACAAGCUUAUUUAAAUAAAACGUAUGGCAACAAUAAAUAUAUAUUUGAGUAGAU